GGAUCCAAUAAACUCAAAGUUAUAUUGUGUGACUGUGACUGUGACUGUGACUGUGGGAGUGCUGUGGUGAGAACCAAAAAAAUGAAGGGAAUAAGGCCGCAGAUUGCAUUGUUCGGAGACUCCAUAACCCAACAAUCCUUCAGAGAUUCUGGUUGGGGUGCUGCUCUUGCUGAUAAUUUCUCCCGCAAGGCUGAUAUACUGAAUCGAGGCUAUGGUGGGUACAACACAAGAUGGGCAUUGUUUCUUUUGCAUCAUAUUUUCCCUCUGGGAUUUGCGGAUCCUCCUAUUGCCGCCACCAUUUUCUUCGGAGCUAAUGAUGCAGCGUUACUUGGGAGGAAUAGUGAAAGACAACAUGUUCCUAGAGAGGAAUACAAGGAGAACCUUAGAAAGAUGGUUCUCCACUUGAAGAAAUGUUCUCCCAACAUGUUUGUGGUGCUUAUAACUCCUCCACCUAUCGAUGAAGAAGGCCGCAUGGAAUAUGCACAGUCAGUGUACGGUGAAAAAGCAAUGAAACAACCUGAAAGGACAAACGAAGUUGCAGGAGUAUAUGCUAAUCAGUGUCUUUCAUUAGCCAAGGAGUUGGGCGUUUCCUCCAUUGAUUUAUGGUCCAAGAUGCAACAAACCAAGGGCUGGCAAAAAAAAUACUUGAGCGACGGGUUGCACUUAACACCCGAGGGCAAUGCAGUUGUGUACCAAGAGGUGAUCCAAGUCUUUACUGAGGCCGGCCUAAAUGCUCAAGAUAUGCCUUUUGAUUUCCCUCAUCACUCAGAAAUCGAUCCUAAGAACCCCGAAAAAGCUUUCACUAUACAGUGUUCUUGAUGUUUGUCAUUUUCAUUUGCAUCGACUUCAAGCCUCUUAAUUAAUGUUUUCAAGAUGCUUUCGGGUGCUUUCACCGCCCUUAAAGAAGACGGAAAUCAUCUUCGACAUUGGAGUUGCCUGCGGCUAUUAUAGUGGUGUUUCUAUAUUUGGUUGUGGCGUUUUAUCAUAGAGGGUAUGUUGAACGCAUUCCUAAAUCAUACAAAUUAUAUUGUAUACAUACAUUUGGUUGGGUUAUUCAUGGUUACAAAUUAGAAUCUCCUGUAAGAACCUUCAUGAGAAUUACUAGUGUCAGUUAUGAUGUAUGAAUAGACUCUGAGACUGUGACUUGCAAUUUGUCAAAGCUUAGUUUGUUGUGAA